AUGUCGAAAGACACACAAAGCACUGACCCGUUUGCUUUCAUCGUAAACAAGCAGACCGACUGGAACACCCCAUACAAACCACGCGCUGACGUCGGCACCUCUAGGGUUUCCAAUUUGAUCAAACAACCCACCGAUCAAAUCAAACCGGAACCCAAGCAAGAGAAGGUCGACCGCCGCGAACGCCCCGUUCAACCACCCGCCGCUUUACCAGUCGAGCAACCGCCACCGCAACGAAAAGCGACUGAGAAAUCGUUAGAGAAAAUCAAUUAUCAAGAGUAUUUGGGUGGGGUUCAUAAAUACCGUUUGAAAGGAUCAAACAAACAUUUGGCUAUGGCGUACUACACAUUGUUUGUAAAACCCGUCUUUGAGAUUCACCAGAAAUCAUCGAAGAAUAAAGACCCGGCUCAAUACUUGAAAGACGUCGCUAACGCUUAUGGGACGGAUGUCUCCAGGUGCGCGUCGAUGUUCGAAACAUUAAACAGAUGGUUGUACUCCCCAAAUAGCCUCACAAAAACUUCGGAAAGCAUUUUGUUCCGAUCGAGCGAACCGUUCUUGAAAAACAUCGAACAACGCGGGCAAAGCGAUUACCCGUAUUCGCAACAACCAAUGUACCCCCCUAAGGAACAGUUUAAUGGCAUUUCCGGUCUUCCAAAGGAUUUGACUUCAGCGCUCGACGCGUCGUCUAAAAAACAAACAACUAUUCAACCAAUUCCAAGAUAUCCAGCAGCUUUCCCAUUUGGGUAUGAUAAAAACCCAAGAUACCCACCAGCUAGACAGUUCGACGAUUACUACGAACAAUCGAGGUUUGACCCAAUGUUUGAUCCAAGAUUUGAUGGGAGAUUCGAUAGAAACUAUGACGCUAGAUAUGAUAGACAGUUCGACGCUCGGUUUGACCCAAGACUUGAACCACGUGGGUAUGACCGAUACGACUCAAGAGGAUACGACAGAGUACAGGACAGAUAUUCCCCACGCCCAGAUCCAAGAACCGAUCCUCGCAUCCCAUUUGAUCCAAGAGGUGAACGACUUGAAAGAGGUAUUCAACAACUUGAUCGACCAACAGAGAGACCACUGGAAAGAAGUGCCCAAAUUGACAGACCCCCAAUGGAACGACCAUUGGAUAGACCUUUCAUUGACAAUAGACCACCUCAACCAGACAGACCUUCAUUGGACAGAACACCAAAUGACGUUAGACAACCAAUUGACUCGAGACAGCCUUUGGAUAGCCGUACACCUUUGGACUCAAGACAACCUCCAAUUGAUCCAAGACAACCAAUCGACUCGAGACCACCCCCAAUUGACACCAGACCACCUCCUAUGGACACAAGACAACAAGAAACCAAACCGGAAAAACCAAUGGAAAGACCACUCCCAAGCGACGCUCGUGAUCAAAGAGGUUCUUUGGAUAGAGCUCGACCACCUUUGACUGACGCAAGACCUCCACCUAUCCAAGACCCAAGACCACAAAGCAUCGACAGAAGAGACCCCCGCGAUCCUGCAUUGUUGGACAGAGGAUACGACAGAGGGUAUGACCCACGGUACAGAGACUAUGACAUGGGAAGAUAUAUGCCACCACGAGACCAAAGAAUUCCAUUCGGCAAAGAUAUGUACCAAGAACCAAGGUAUCCACCAAUCGAUUCAAGAUAUCCCAUGGACAGAUAUCCACCACCUUACGAUAGAGACUUCCAACCAGACCCAAGGCUCCCAAUCGAAGGAAGAGACUCCAGAGACCCUCGGGUGCUUGACCCACGUGAUCAGAGAAAUAUGCCUGACCCACGAGAUCCAAGGAUGAUGGAUAGAACACCAAUUCAAAGACCGCCUAUGGAGAGAGAUCCACGAAUCCCAAUGGAUGCAAGAGAACGGAGUGACAGGAUCGACAGAAGCGAGAGAUCUGGCGUGGAGAGAAAAAGAAACAAUUUCGCCCCACCACCUUAUAAGUGA